CACAACAGAGGGUCUCUACAUCUCACACAAGCCAGCAGCCACCAUGGAGGCCAUCAAGAAGAAGAUGCAGAUGCUGAAACUGGACAAGGAGAACGCCAUCGACCGGGCGGAGCAGGCGGAGACGGACAAGAAGGCGGCCGAGGACAAAUGCAAGCAGCUGGAGGAGGAGCUGCUGGACCUGCAGAAGAAGAUGAAGCAGACGGAGGACGAACUGGACAAAUUCUCAGAAGGCCUGAAAGACGCUCAGGAGAAACUGGAACUGUCUGAGAAGAAAGCAGCAGACGCGGAGGGAGAUGUAGCAGCUCUGAACCGUAGGAUCCAGCUGGUGGAGGAGGAGUUGGACCGAGCCCAGGAGAGACUGGCCACGGCGCUGCAGAAACUGGAGGAGGCGGAGAAGGCUGCAGAUGAGAGCGAGAGAGGGAUGAAGGUGAUCGAGAACCGAGCGAUGAAGGACGAGGAGAAGAUGGAGAUCCAGGAGAUGCAGCUGAAGGAGGCCAAACACAUCGCAGAGGAGGCCGACCGCAAAUACGAGGAGGUGGCUCGUAAGCUGGUGAUCCUGGAGGGGGAGCUGGAGAGAGCCGAGGAGAGGGCCGAGCUCUCAGAAUGUAAAGCCAGUGACCUGGAGGAGGAGCUGAAAAAUGUGACCAACAACCUGAAGUCCUUAGAAGCCCAGUCUGAGAAGUACUCAGAAAAAGAAGAUAAGUACGAGGAGGAGAUCAAAGUUCUGACUGACAAACUGAAGGAGGCUGAAACCCGUGCAGAGUUUGCAGAGAGGACAGUGGCCAAACUGGAAAAGUCCAUCGAUGACCUGGAAGAGAAACUAUCAAGAGCCAAAGAGGAGAAUCUGGGCAUGCACCAAGUCCUGGACCAGACCCUGCAGGAACUGAACAGCUUAUAAACCCACCGAGACCAAGCUGGAGAGGACGAGAUCGUCAUUAACAUUCCAUUAAACGUUCGACUCCAUUCCGCGUUCCGAGCUGUAAAAUCUUUAUUCCCUCACGUAAAAAGGGGGAUUAACUUAAAAUGCUUGUCCCUUCAUGUUUUUUUUUUCUAAGGCACAACUUUUUUUUUUUUUUUUUUUUAAACAUGGGAAAUCAUUUUGAACCCAUUGCUUCUUCUGUCUUUUUUUUUUUUUUUUUUUAAUCUCCAGCUGUGAUUACAGAAAUACUCUCCAGAAAUGAUUAUUUUUUUGACCACUUUAUUUAGAAAGAACUGGCAAUAAAUUCACCCAAAGAAACCUCAGAUUUGGUCACUCAACCACUUAAAACUGGCUCUUUUUGGUGUUUUUUUUACGUUGUAUGUGCACAUACAUUUACUGCGUCUGUCUGGUUGUUAUUACUACAUAGGCUACAGGUGCCAUCGGGUUUCCCUUCAGUCUGCAUUCGUGUGGCUCUCAAGCGCCACCUAGUGGUGAUAUGAAGUUAGUCAGCAGCUUUUUUUUUUCGGUUUAUUUUGUACCAUCCUCAGUGGCUGCAAGUUAACAGACAUUUUACUUCUGUGUCUGUUUUAGCAGUAAAAUCUGUGUUUAGUGGACAGGUGGGCUCAGGGAAAAGCUCUCAGGCAGCAGCUGCUCAGCAACUUUAGGCCUCUUUUUUAAAAAAUUCUGAUUAACCAGAAGCCGAUGCAUUGAAUAUUUACAGUGCAUCACAAGUUUUCUAUUCUUUUCUUGGUGUGGGAAUCUGCAGAAGCUGAGAGCCAUGCACGCCUGAGCUACCUUUCCCUGAGCUCCACCCGACCGCUGCACCAUCACCAACAACAACACGCCACGAUGUAGCCGAUAUUUACUAGAUUUACAAUAUAUCGUAUUACAUGAGCGAGCUAAAGCCCAAACCACUGGAAGCUCCGUCAGUAAGUUUUUAUCAACCAUGGAUACUUAUUGUAUAUAGUAGAAUAAUGUUAGGUAUGUGAGACGUUGUAUUGCUUUUGAUUUUUUUAUUUUUUUUGGUUUCAUUUACACCACUUCUUCUUUUCGCCAGGGGAACUCUCAAGACCAAAGAACACACACACACACAACACAGACAAGUAAUUCUUCAAAUGUUUUUAUUUUUGUUUGUGGCGGUCUUCGUGGUUUCAUCUCAUGCCAGGGCCACGGGAAGCGCCUCACAUUUGAUCGAGACCAUCUUCUUGAAAUAUUUCACCACCACCCCCCCUCCCCCUCUCCAUGUCAACCUAAUAAAUGUUUUACAGAAA